GUUACAUGUAACGUUAUGUUUGGUGGGAAAUUUCAUGUACAAUUCAUCUUUUCUCUUUUUCACAAUAGAGAGAAAAACAGUGAAAAGAAUUUUGCAAGAAGUUCAGCUAAGAAGAACCUAAGAGUUAGUAUCAUUAAUAAUUAACUAAUGGAACUUAUUAAAAAAAUCAAUCGAUUAAUUUUAUAAAUUGUCAACUGCGAAACAUAAAAUUGGUCGUAUUAUUUUAUUUUCCUUAUCCAUUUUAUGUAAAUUAUAUAAUUUAUUUAUAGGAUGCAAAAGAUAAUACUUUUUUAUUAAUAAUGCAUAAGUAUUCAAGUAUUCAAGAUUUGAAAAAUAAAUUAAAACAUUAGUUUUAAGUUUUGUAGUGGGCAAUUAAUAAAUUUAAUCAGUUGAUUCCUUUAUGCAUAUAUAAUAAGUUAAGCAGAGUUGAUUUGAGACCGGCUAUCAAUGACCCUAAAAUAAUUAUGUUACAAAACAUCAAGAAAAAGUAGAUUAUCAAAUAAUUUAUUAUCAUUAAUUUGCAAACAAGAUUGUUAAUUUUUUGAUACACCUUUGAUUAAUCAAUCAUCCUAACCCAAUCCGAAUCCGAAAUCUCAGGUACACGCACACACCUAUAAAUUACUACUUUUCUUAAUUUUUCAGGCACUUUCUCGCUACAAUAUUUUGAUUCGUGAAUUUUGUGACACUCUGUAUAUGUGCAUGCGCUACACGCAAUAACAAACACAUAUUUGUGAAAUGGCGUAGAAUAGAAACACAUUACUAUAAUGUUGAUUUAUCUGCAGUAGCGAUAAGGAAGUGAUAAUGUAUUAACGUAUAUAGAAGUAUCGAUUAAAUAUGUGAACUCUUCUUUGUAACUAACGCUCAAUCAAGCAACAUAUAAAAAUUAUGAGGCAGUAUAUAACGUUGUUGGUACUUGAGGUACUGCUACUUUAACAGGAGCUAGCCCUUGUACGGGCACCAUGUCUAUUAUAGGAGGUAACAUUUGUGGUGCAUCCGUCUUGCAUUUUCUAACGGAGCUGUUAAACAAAACUGUGGGUACCAACCUAUAUGAGGCAAAGAUUAUCGGCGAUUGGCAACCACCAAGAUUGAUAAAGAUAAAGUCGAAGCUGGUAGUUCGAUUAUACAUCUCAUGAACAUGUGCAUGUAGAGAUUUGUAAAACUCUUAGACAAGUUUGGAAAAGUGUCUUUACAUUGGAAAGGAUGGAGAUAAUGCCAUAUGGAAUGGAGUUGAAUUUAUAUUCUUAGGAGAUAAUUUGGUACCAAAGAUCAAAUUAUUUUGGAGAUACGGCGUUCAAGUAUUCAACCUCAAAAAGUAUUUACAAAUAAUGCAGCAAAGUAUAAGGGAAAAGAAACAAUUAUAUGUUUCCUUUAUGAGCCAUUUAGAAAACAUAUUGGAAGAUUUUUUGCAGUUAUACGAUCUACAGGAUGCUGGGCAUUCCUUUACCAAUUACACCGCACUAUUAUUAUCUAUGAAUAAGGAUUUCCAAAGUUACUGCGAACCCCUACGAGAGAGUAUCAUUUGGGUUUAGAUUUAAAAAAAAUUCUGAUCGAUGAAUUAGUUUAGUGCUCGGAGUUAGUUGCUCAUUUCAAACCGAUUCCUGAAGCGUCGCCCACUGUUCCUCCACUACCGCUCGCCGCUUGACUAUCGAGCCGAUUAUCAUGCGACUAGCGCUCUGCAUCAGGAGCGUCUCUGAGUGAAAAAUAUGCUGGUAGAGUACCAUUCGAAAAAUUUGUCGUAAAAAAUUCUCCUCUUUACAUAAUUUUUAUAAAGAAAAUUUUCCGUUAUUUACAAAUAUAUUUUUUGCAAAAAUAUAAAUAACUAUAAUGUAAGAUAAAUAAAACUAAGAUAAGUUUUUACGACAAACUUCUUGAAUGGUACGCUACUAGCGUAUUUUUCAUUCAGGGACGCUCCUGAUGCAGAGCGCCUGCCGCGUGAUCGCCAGCUCGACAGUCGAGCGGCGAGCGAUAGUUGGGGGAUAGUGUCGCUUCGAGAAUCGGCUCGAAAUGAGCAACUAACUCUAAUCACUGAAUUAGUGUAAGCCACUACCGUAGUGUAUUACGGACAAAGUCCAAAAUAUUUAGAGUUUUGUUUCUUGUAUGUCUGUAGUUGGAACAUGCGUUGACAUGUGGUCUGCUAAGAGUGAAAACAAAGAGGUAUAUGUUAUUAAUUUAUUAUCUACUUAUCUUACUCUGUCUUGUAAAAAAAAUAUCAAAUAUAAGUUUAAAUCUUACGUACCGCAGCAUCUCAUUUACAGAAAUAAGAAUGUAAAUGUAAUACCGGGUCGUGUUACAAAGAUCCGCAAUUUAGUAAACGUUUCUAAUUUGAAUCAGCACGAAGUGACCUACAUAAAUAUAGGUACAAUAGAUAAAAUCCGACCGACGAAUGUUUGAAUCGUAAAAAAUAACACGAGUUUUCUAUAUAUUUCAAGUGGCACGGAUCCAAUAACCUCUAAUUACGACAUUGUGAUUAUUGACGCACGACUUACCAGCGAUCAAAAAUUUCAAAUAGAAUUCGUUGGACUGUCAAACAGUUUGGUGUUUCCAGGAGACUAUCAGACAACAUAUACGACUUUCGUCAAAACAAUUCUUAAUAUAACAUAUUUUGAUUUGCAACAGGCUAUGAGUAAUAUUCUAAGUUGUAAUCCCAACAAAACGAGGAUCAGUUCAAUCGAGAAACUAAAUCCUGUUGACGGUUUAAUUAAGAAAGUUUCUCGAGUUUGGGAAAUCUUUAUCAGGGAAACUAUAAAGUGAAGUGUUAUACACGAAAUUUUUUCUCAAAUCAUCGAGGAAAAAAAAAUCAUUUGGAGAAUAUCUCCCCAUUACUUGACAAAUUUGAAACCCAAAAAUUUCAAGUUGCACGAUGCUCUGUAUCAUGUUAAUGCGAAUGAAUGGGAAGUGCAAUGGAAAUGAAAGCGAUUGCUGAAAGAAGUGUCGCUAUUUUGGCAAACAAAUAUCUUCAGGAAUGUCUUCAUGUGAUUUUAUGUUGGACGAAAAGGCUUUUCAACAUUCUUAUAUUACAAAAUAACGCACGUCGGAAUACUUGUAGUUUAAUAUUGUUCUUGCUAUUAAUUUUCUUAACGAGUUUUAUGCUGAGAUUGUCAGAAAUGAUUUUUGUAGCACAAGUAUAAUGCAAAAAAGGUUACGGAGUAAAGCAUAGGUAAAAUAAAUGUGUCAAGUAAUUUGAUAAAAACGAUUAUAUAUUAAUAUAGAAAGAUAUUUGCAUUACCUUUACACAGAUGAGAUUUCUUUGUUAAUACCUCCAUCUGCUUAGGGUGCGUUCCACUUAACAUCCACAACGUUUGCAACGCCUAUAAGUGCGUUCCACAUAACGAUCGUAAUCGUAACGUUUGCGACCAAAACGUCAUAGAUGACGUCAUUAAUUGCGACCGCAUCGAGCUCACAACGCUUGCAGUUAGUACAUGGGUUGGUGCGGUCGUUUAAUCAUUUUCGCGCUAUUUUUAAUUUUAUUCGGCAGCAGUGGUGAGAUGGCUACAAAAAAAGUUGCGAUUUUCGACAACGAUAAAGUAAUAAAGUUCAUUUUAUCACCCGAAGAUGCAACUCGUGCUCGUAAUAAUAUUGUAUUUGCAACGACGUUGCUGAAUGCAGCAAAAAAAGAAAGUAGUCUUAACAACCCUGAUGGAAUUAACAACUCUGAAUCUGAUGGAGGAUUCUACAGGUGGACAACAUCUUGUAUGUUAUUGAUGUUGCAAACCUAUAAAGAAAACGAGGAAAAAUUCACCAAUGGAAAACACUCUCAAAAGAAAAUAUGGGAAGAGAUUGCUAAAAUACUCAAAUGCAAUGGACAUAACGUAACUGGACCGAUGUGUGCUGCUAAAUUGAAAAGUUUGAAGAAAACGUAUAAAGCAGUUAAAGACCAUAAUAACAAGUCAGACAACGAUAGAAGGUCGUGGCAAUUUUUUGAGAUACAGAAACAAAAUAGAUUUCAUGAUGUGCCCCUCUGGCGAUUGCAUCUUCCUCAGGACUAUCAGAAAAGCUCGAAAAAGAGAAUGCAGAUGUUGAAUCUGACAGUAGUGCGUGUACAAUUGAGCUACCAAGUUCCAAACAGAAUGCCAACACACUGCUUGGUAAAAGAUUGCAACAAAAACAAGAAUAUGAAGAAGCCAAAGCAAAACGACACAAAGAGAGGAUGGAAAUGAAUAAAAAGUUUCUUGCAGUUCUCGAAAAGCUGGUUAAUAAAUAAUUUAGUAUUUCUCAUUAUUCAUUGCAUCUGCACUGUGAUAAAUGUGCCAAUGAUAAAGCUAAAAAUAUAAUGAUUCGUUAAUUUUUAUUUUAAACUUGCUUUAAAAUUUUAUUUACUAUUUUAUUUUUAUUUUAAAUACAGUGCUUGCAAAAUAUUCAAAAUAAUAAGAGUAAAUAAAUUAAGAAAAUAAAAUCUAAAUUAAAUAGUUUCCAGUUUAUUAGCAUAAGACUUUGAUAAAUGUAAUAAAAUAGUUUUCAGUUUAUUAGCAUAACUUUGAUAAAUGUGCCAAUUAAUUAUUAAGUAUGCUAUUUAUGUAUUAUUAUAAUUUGAAUUCUACUUUUAUUUAUGAACAUUUACUGUAAGCCUAUUAAAAAUAUUAUUUUUGUGAUUGCAAUGAGUCUCACGGCUGUGGAAUAAAAGUACAAGAUAUAUUACUUUAUAAAUAUUUUAGAUUUUAAGAUAACAUUACGUUUGUUAAUGUUUGUAAUCAGAGUUUAUGAAUAAAAACAUCAGAAAGUACUUUUUGAUAAGCAUAUUUUAUUGUGUAUAUCAUUACCAAUACAAAAUAUGUACCUAUAGAUUAUCUUCUUAAACUAUCCAUAAUUAAAUUUCUUUUAUAAGUCGCAACAUUCUGUCUCAAGUGAUGUACAAUAUUUUGAUUUCUUCAUUAUAUUUCUUACAUUUUCUUCCGCAAGUGGAAGUAAUAUGACUAAAUCUAUUUCAUCUCCCCGCAAAUGUUGUAAAUUACACAACAUGCUACAAUAUACUCUGCCAUUAAGUUGACUCAAAACAUUGGUAAGCAGUGCAAUAAAUUUUGCAUACGUCCUUUUAGUAAGCACCUCUCCACUGUUACUCUUGCUGCUGAAUGUCGAUAAUUGUAAUUAUUUUGUCUCUCAUUAAAGUGACCAUUGUCUCGAAAAAGGGUGAGCAAAUGUUAAUGCAGCUCAUAUGCAGCAUCACCCAAAAUGUGGCUGUCUCCAGGAAACUUGUCUUUACUGUUAAAAAGUUUGCCACUUCAGAGUACCGAAAAAUUCUUUGGUCGUGAACAGAACCAGGGUAACCGGUGAAGCAAUGUGUGAUAAAAGUUCUGUGAUCACAAAUUAACUACAAAUAAAUGUACAUGUAAAUAGUAAAUAAA